GAGUGGGAGAGAAAAGGAGCAAAUGUGCGCGGCGGCGGAGAGGGAGGGAGGACAGCGAGUGCGCAAAUAGGCAGCCAGGCACAUCAUCAGCGGCGGCAGAGCAUCUUCCUGGUCCUGGUCUCCCGUGUCUUCAGCUGCCAAUCCUUUGUGUGUCUCUGAUUGAGAUUUCACUGCUGGCUGAAGUGUCCAGAAGCCUCCGCCAGCCAUCACCUCUCACCACACACUUUUCUGUGGAGCUCGGUUAUUCUUAGCUCAGCUGCGAGAGACUGUCCUUCCGGUCCUUCUCUUAUUUAUCCCAGUUUCUUGAAUAUUUAAUGGAAAAUGGCGAUCUGCGCGCAGUCGUACGGUAUUUUCUGCCUCUUCACAAUCCAAACUGUACUUAUCAUAUGCGUCUCCACGCCGACAGACGGGACCCAGCACUUCCCCCAGCACUACACAAUGAUUCACUGGGCUGGACGCAUUGAGAAGGAGCUGGAAAAGGUUCUGCAGCACGUCACUGGCAUUCAGCAGAUGAGAUCGAUUUAUAAUGAAAAGAAGAGCCAGUUUGAAAUCAAGAGAAACAACCCCAAGGACUUGGUGGAGAGGGUGGCACGGGACAUAUCCAAGCUGCUCAACAGUAAGAGGAAAGCCCUGGAGAAACUGGCCAGGGAGGCGGAGCUGCUUCAGAAGGAGCACAUAUGGCAAGACGGUGUGACGGAGAAUGCCAUUUCAUACUACGAUUCCAAAGCGGAUUCAGACUAUGCGGAGGAUGGCGAAGAGGAGAACCUGCUGGAGAGCUCGACAUCUUUGGAGCUGGAGUUUGUGGACGAUCCUAAUUUUAAAAACAAGGUCAACUACUCUUCCAGCGCGGUCCAGAUUCCUACAGACAUAUACAAAGGCUCCCCAGUCAUCUUGAAUGAGUUAAACUGGACCCAGGCGCUGGAGAGGGUCUUCAUUGAGAACCGUCGGGAGGACAGCUCUCUGCGCUGGCAGGUGUUUGGCAGUGCCACAGGAGUGACUCGAUACUACCCAGCCACUCCAUGGAGGGCACCCAACAAGAUUGACCUUUACGAUGUACGCAGGAGACCAUGGUAUAUCCAAGGUGCAUCGUCUCCAAAGGACAUGGUCAUCAUUGUGGAUGUGAGUGGAAGUGUCAGCGGACUCACUCUGAAGCUAAUGAAAACCUCCGUGGUGGAGAUGCUGGACACGCUAUCAGAUGACGACUAUGUGAAUGUGGCCAGGUUCAAUGAGAAGGCAGAUGCUGUUGUUCCGUGCUUCAGGACUUUGGUCCAAGCCAACGUUCGUAACAAGAAAAUCUUCAAGGAGGCCGUCAUGCAUAUGCAAGCCAAAGGAACCACAGAUUACAAGUCUGGCUUCACAUUCGCCUUCGAACAGCUUCUCAAUGAGACCAGUGCCCCGAGGGCCAACUGCAACAAGAUGAUAAUGAUGUUUACAGAUGGCGGGGAGGAUCGUGCACAAGAGAUCUUUGAGAAGUACAACUGGCCCAACAAAACAGUUCGUGUGUUCACCUUCUCUGUUGGCCAGCACAAUUAUGACGUCACGCCUUUGCAGUGGAUAGCUUGUGCCAAUAAAGGUUACUACUUUGAAAUUCCAUCGAUUGGAGCCAUCAGAAUCAACACACAGGAGUACCUGGAUGUUCUGGGUCGUCCCAUGGUGCUGGCUGGGCCUAAAGCCAAGCAGGUGCAGUGGACAAAUGUCUACCAGGAUGCUCUGGGUUUGGGCCUUGUCAUCACUGGAACGAUGCCAGUUUUCAACCUCACCGCUGAUUCUGUGAGCUCUCAGAACCAGCUCAUCCUCGGAGUCAUGGGCGUGGACAUUGCAAUCAAUGAAAUCAAAAAGAAGACACCUACGUACAGACUUGGAGCCAAUGGUUACAUGUUUGCCAUCGACCCAAAUGGUUACGUACUGCUGCAUCCCAACCUGCGACCCAAAAUCAUUAACUUCAGGGAGCCCGUCACUCUGGACUUUCUGGAUGCAGAGCUGGAAGACAGCAACAAGGAGGAGAUCCGUCGACAGAUGAUUGAUGGCAAAUCAGGGCAAAGGAAAAUCAGGACGCUCAUUAAGUCAGUUGAUGAGCACUACAUCGACGAGGCCACGCGGACAUACACGUGGACGCCUGUGGAGGGAACAGAUUACAGUCUAGGUUUGGUACUGCCCACAUAUAGUGAAAACCACAUCAAGGCCAACCUGAGUGACCAGAUCCUUCAGGUGCAGUAUUUUGAAUCACUGCUGCCAAACAGUUUUGAGUCUGAAGGACAUGUAUUCAUUGCUCCCAGAGAGUACUGCAAUGAUCUGGAACUGUCCAACAACAACACCGAGUUCCUGCUCAACUUCAUUGCUCUCAUGGAGAAAGUGACACCGGACUCCAAACAAUGUGACAAUCUGCUCCUUCAUAACCUGAUUCUGGACACCGGAAUCAUCAGGCAGCUGGUCGAGAAAGUGUGGAAGAAUAAAGACUUGAACACAUAUGGCUUUCUGGCUGUGUUUGCUGCAACAGACGGAGGCAUAACAAGAGUGUUUCCAAACAAGGCUUCAGAGACCUGGGAGGAAGACCCUGAGCCGUUUAAUGCCAGCUAUUACCGCCGCAGUCUCGACAACAAGGGCUAUAUCUUCCGAGCGCCUUAUCGUGCAGCCAGGGACGAGCUGCUGAACCCAGAAAAUGACACCAUAGGGAUCCUGGUCAGCACGGCCGUGGAGCUCACAGUGGGAGGGAAGACCAUCAAGCCUGCAGUGGUUGGAGUGAAAUUAGACCUUGAAGCCUGGACUGAUAAGUUCAAGAUUCUUGCCAGCAACCACACAGACAACCGUCAAGGCUCAAAUACUUGUGGCCCAAACAGGGGCUGUGAAAUGGACUGCGAAGCCAACAGUGAUGACCUCCUGUGUUAUUUAAUAGAUGACGGUGGAUUCUUAAUCAUGUCUAAUCAGAAGGACGACUGGAACAAGGUUGGAAUGUUCUUCAGCGAUGUCGAUCCCUACUUGAUGUACGCUCUCUACAACAAUUCCUUCUACAACCGCAAGCAGUCGUUUGACUACCAGUCUGUGUGUGAACGGGUGCCCAACAGUGAAGCCGGAGCUGCACCCAGAGGAGUGUUUGUGCCCACUAUUGCAGAUUUUGUAAACUUGGCUUGGUGGACAUCAGCAGCUGCAUGGUCCUUGUUCCAGCAGUUUAUAUAUGGACUGGCUUAUCACAGUUGGUUCGUCACAGAUGAGGUGGAUGCAGAAGGAUUCGACUCCAAAGAGCGAAGUUGUGUAAUGAUCCAGACCCAGUACUACUUAAGUAAUCUCAGCAGCUCCUACAAUAUACUGCAAGACUGUGGAAACUGCUCAAGGCUGAUUCAUGCCAAGAGGAUAAACAACACCAACUUGCUGUUUGUGGUGGCGGAGAAGAUGCCGUGCAACACCUGCGAGAUAGAGAAGCUGUCCCAGGAGGAGGAGGAGUUCAAACAGGAUAAUCCAUGUGAUGAAAUGACGGUGGCACGCUAUCGAAAAGGGCCCUCCACCUGCUUUGACAGUAACAUCUCUGAGAACACAUCAGACUGUGGACGAGGCCACUCCUUCCGUCCCCCCCUCUACACCUUACUGCUCAUUCAGCUGCUUCUGCUUUAUCCGGCCGUCAGCCCCCACGUUCACUCUCUACUACAUUAAUUCCAUUCUCCUCCAACGAUCCUCCUUUUAGCCCUCCUGAGCUUCUUCCCUGAUCUAAAACCCCUCCGACUCCACUUCCCAAAUUCGUACCCCUACGUCCUCCCCACGAUAUAGUCAUAGGUAAUAAUGGGACUUCCCAUGACGGCAAGUUGGAAGCCCUGAGUGCCGCGCUAUCCAGCUCGCUUCAGUUUGUGUCGCUUAGCCGGGCGUUUUGUGUCCUCAGCUAGUUAUCCCUCAUCCCCUGGAGGAGUGGGUGGUGCUGGACCACCUGGAUCAUCACCUGGCAAUGUCUUAAAAAGAGAAAACAACCUCCCCCCCUCCCCAUAUGACCACAACACCACCUCCACCACCCAGAGAAGGAAGAGGAAAGAGGACAGGUCAAUGUCCUCGUCACAGACCUCCUGCCUCAUACAGACUGGAGAGUGGAUGAUGUCCGUCCACCUUCGCCUCUGUCUGUCAGACAGAUGGUGGGACUUCUUCUUCUUCUCUCCUCCAUCUCUGAGUCUCACCGCUCUGUCGUUCUCCUCUCGUGAGAGGCUGUGGACCAUUCAGCCAGUUAUAGCCACCGUAAAAGAAAAUAACAGAAAAAAAAGAACUGUCGACUAUACAAAUGUUAAGUAUAAACUGCUGAAGUGAUGAGUAUUCCAAACAUUACAGUAUAUUUAGUUUUUAAUUUGAAAAGGAAGUUGUUAGGUGUUAACUUAAAAAGACAUGAAUUAAUUUAUGCACUAUAUCUUGUUGCCAAAAUGAGAUAGACUUUCGUGUGGUCUUAUUUUUAUAGCCAAAACAUGAAGAAGAAAUGGUUUCUGAUUUAGAUUUAGAACAAACCAUGAGAAGAAGAGGAGGAAGUCAGAAACUGAAUACUGAUUCAUUUUGCGCAGCAUCUAGUUACAGAUCAAUGCUUUUAAAAGAUAUCCUCUGGGGAGUAUUGUAAUUACAUGACAGUGACCACAUUUUUGGAAGUACUUUUCUCUUAUAUUUACCAUUUAAGCCUAGCGUUAUUUGACAGACAGCUGUAAAAUAUGAAUCAGUGUUUGGUGACUGGAGCAUUGCCGAUGUUGUGUAUUGUUCUCCUUUAGGAUCAAUCGACCAUUCUGACCUCUCGUUUGGACUGAUGUUAAAAAAAAGAAAAAAAAAAGAAGGAAUCCCUGUGCUCUCUGAUGCGAAAGCUCACCUCUGCCAAUCCUCAUGAGGCUUCUCCAGUAACCUCUACUAAUGCUCCUAAUCACAUAUUUGUAUUCGUGCUUUAUUUCUGUUCUCACCACUGACACACAACAUCUUUGUCUCAUGUCUCAUAGUAUUUCCAGGUGGGUCUUUUCUUUUCUCAAGGGGGGGCUUGUAUUACCUUUGACUGCUGUUUUUCAAACUUCAAAACCAUUCGCUGCUGGGGGGAUAGGGGGCUUUUCAACAUUUCCGACAAAAGUGCAGAAGAGGCAACUAAAUAUGGUGGUCACAUGUCAGUAGAAGUCUGGUCGUAAUCUGUCAUAGUUCAUCAUUUGAUCCUUACAAUGUGUGAAAAGUCAUUUAGACUCCCAUGUUUAGGAGCUGCUCUGUUUCAUAGUGCCUUGAUGCACUUUGUUGUGGACCACAUCGGCUGUAUAAGAGUAGAGCUACUGUAUAGUACCUUUAUAAAGCAGCCACCUUCAAGGGUUUGGAUCACACAGGAGUCCAUUAGACUGAAUCCAUUGGCUAUAGAAGUAGCUUUACGCAGAGCCUGACCGGUUCUAGCUUAAUGUAUUUGCCCUCUCGGCUGUGGUCGCUGUACCCUUCCAGAGCCACCUUGACUGCCAUCAUAUGGAGUUACUAUACUGUUCCUUUACAAAGCCAUGUAUAGAGCUAUGAUACACUAUCAGUAUACAGCGACUUAAUUGGCCCAUAGAGCGUUUUUUUUUUAGGGCCACCUGACUGCUCUAGUUCUGCCUGAAUCAUGUGUGUUGUUGUGUAUGGAUGCGUGUGUGUGAUUUGUGUUAAAAAAGUGGAAUGUCUUUUAAAUGAGUUGUGGAGUGUAUGAGGGAAGACAGUUGUGAUAUCAUAGCUGUUUUCCCCCCGUUCUUAUGUCACAACGGACAAAAUUCAGUGUUGUGGAGGAAAAAAAAAACAAAGGGGUUUUACUGAAACAAAAACAAUUGGUCCUUAACCAUCAGUCUGCCUACAUUUUAAUCAAAGGGAGCAGAGGUGUCCUCAAGAAUGUGCAGUUCAUCAGUGUUUUCUGCUUCGAAUGCAACGUAGUUAACAAAGCCUCUCCAAAUGCCUUAGUGUUACACAGUAUGGAGCUCUAAUACCCCCCCAUCAACACACACACACACACACUAUUAGGUCCUUCAGUUAAUUUACUUUUCCCUGGAUUUUCUUGAUGUUCUGCAGUAAGCAUAGUGAGUGCUAAUUUUGUUUUUUUUUAUGUCUUAGAAUGAUUCUUUAUUGAUUGAUGCCUGUUCCCGUAAAUGCUUGAAAACAGGUGAGAGUUUUAAAUGUCAAAAUUCCUCCAACCUUCAGUGUUCACACCAACCCAAACCCUCACCGUAUUGCCCAGUUGGGAUGUCUCACAUGAAAAUUUCAACCUUUUUGACAUUAACUAAACAUUCUGGUACAGUCACUGCAGCAAAGCUCUGAACAAAUCUGAACAAAAGACUGUUUAAAAAAAAAAGAAAAGUCUUGUAUUUCUUAGUGGGCUCCUUUCAGUGUGGAGUGCUGUCCAGAUGCAGUCUUACCUUUCUGGUUUUGUUUUGUUUUUUUUCCUUUGUUUCUUUCUUUCGUCUCUGUCCUGUGCCAUUAAUCCUGUCUGAUCCCACUGUCUGUAAAUGAGCGUUACACACGUCUGUGGAAUUGUACUCUUUGCAACGUCCUCUCUUUUCCCGGCUCUGUACGUAUAAACACUCUCACGCAUAAACUAAGUAUGUAGACUGACGGUUUUUGCACCUGCACCGAGACAUUAUGCACACACACCUAUGAGCAAACAUGUAAAGACACUUAUUCAUGCCCAGCGGGGAGAUGUCAAGCACCAGGCAGAAGUAAGCCAAGGACGACACUUUCCAGGUGUUUUUGUUUUUUUUUUUUUUUUGUUUUGUUUUGUUUUUGUUUUUGUUGUUGGGUUAGCGGGUGGAAUGUCAGAGGCAAGCUCAGGGAGUGGGUCUCCACAGAGCAGCACGGGCCUGUCAAACAGAAGGUCAUGGAGGAAUCAUGUGGUGACGUCUGCGUGUGCAUCCCAUUGGAUAAACUCUUCUAAGGGGUCACACGUCUGAUUUUUGUGAUUUGACAAAUUUACUUUUGCCAAAAAAAAAAGAAAAUAAAAACAACAAAAAAAAGAAAAAACAGAAAAUUGGAGCAGCUUGGUGACGAGAGGGAGGGGUCAGCUUUAGGACCCAACCCUACAAUAAUACAAUGAAUGGGGAGGUUUUCACAAAGCCCCCUCCCGACCCCUCGCUGCCUCUGUGUUGGUGCGUCUCUGUGGGAAAGACACGUGUGUAUGUGAUUCUGUAGUCUGUAGUCUGGUGCUAUGUGACCAUGUUUGACAAGUGUGUGAAAAAAUAACAGCAACAUUUAGAGAAAAAAAAAAAAAAAAAGAAGAAAAUCAGCCGAAUUUUAAGUGAAGUUAAAAAAAAUAUAUAUAGGAAUACAGCACUGUUGAUAAGUUGAGAUCUGAAGUCAAAAUGUUUUAAAUUUACUUUUAGGUUUGUUUUAUUUCUUGUACGUGUGAGUGUGAAUGUUGGUGUGCGUGGAAGACUUUUUUUUUUUUUUCUUUUCCGGGCACUGGUCCAUGUCGCUCCAUUCUUUUGUACAGAUGAAGCUUAAAAAAAAGAAAAAAAAAAAAAAGAGGGCAAAAUUUGUAAAAUAUUGUGUCUGUGACUCCUUGUAAAAUAUUUUCAAAUUGUUUAUUACAGAGAAUCAGUUAUUAAAUAAUGUUCAUAUUUUUCACUUCA